UUGCUUCGGCUUAUCGGGCGCUGCGCCCUCGUCUGCUCCGGCCUCGGCGGCGGUCCGAGUGCGCUGUGACGUCUGUUCGGCGCGCGGUGCGCUGCUGUGGGCUGUGUCUGGUACCCGCUACCAUGCCCAAGCGGAGCUGCCCGUUCGCGGACGCUGCCCCGCUUCAACUCAAAGUCCACGUGGGCCCGAAAGAGCUGAGCCAGGGUGUGUUCGCCGAGCGCUACUCGCGCGAGGUUUUCGAAAGAACCAAGCAGCUCCUUUUCCAAGGGGCCCAGGCCUACAGAGAUCACAUAUGGGGCGAAGGUUGUUCCAUGAACCACCUGCAGGAGUCGCUGAAGCCCAGUCUCGUGGGAGCCCCUCAGGCUGCAAGGGGACAGAUGUUGAUUGGACCUGAUGGCCGACUGACAAGGUGCCAAGCUCAGGCCUCGGAAGCUGGCCUUCCGGGGGCAGCACCCAUCGCUUGUUCGUCCUGCGUGAGAUCUGUGGAUGGGAAGGCCGUCUGCAGCCAGUGCGAGCGGGCCCUGUGUGGGCAGUGUGUCUACACCUGUUGGGGCUGCGGUGCGUUGGCCUGUGUGCUGUGUGGCCUUGCAGACUAUGCCGACGAUGGUGAGAAGACCCUUUGCACCAGCUGCGCUAUGUUUGAAGCCUGAGGCGGCCACAGACCGCACGAGAUGUUCACACUAAAGAGAGAGAAGGUGUUUUUUAUAUGUUAUGUUUUAUACCCAGUAACAAGUGAAUAAACCUCUUUAUAUUUGCACAA